AUGACUGCCUUCCCCCGUUUGAAGGACUGCCAUGAAGAGCCCGGUUCCUUUGCCAGUCAAGUCAUACAACUACUUGGAAGAGAACGGCGAGAGGCCCGGACUGUGAAAUGCGUGAAGAAGCGAGAGCAGCUGGGCCCGGAACGAGCAUUUGAACACACCCACUGGCCACGCCCUCCCAGCUGCCCGCAGAGCCACAUCGAAUUGAAACAGCAGUGGGAGCAGUUAAGAUUCCGACGGCAGGAGUCGCCAUGGCAACGGGAUUCAUCUUGCAGACAAACUCCGCUUCAAUUCACUCGGUCCUUCUCCAGUCUCAGGCAACUACCAACUCAAGGAGAGCAAAAACGGUCACGGGUAGCAUUUGCUCUUGACGCUCGCUCUCUGGCGGGUGGAGAUCGGACGGGGGACCGAGGCGGAGGAAACAAAGCAGUUCGGGCCUCGCGCGCGUCUCAAGUAGGAGGGCAAGCCCACUCCAAGCAGUUGGAUUUUCGACACCAGCUGGUUCCUAUUGCCCAGCCCUCCUGCCCCACAGCGAGCCUCAUCAUUGGAUUAUUCGACGCCCCGCACCGCCUCACCACCUCCCAGCCCAGGGUUUGGGGCAGAUGCUCCCCCCUCGCUCAGGUGCUCUUUGUGGCGGGCGCGAUCGGAGCCGGGGGAGCCGAGAUGCGCCCUUCCCGGCGGGGAGAGGCGGGAGCGCCCGGCGACGCCACGAACCCGAUCCGCAGGCGGCGCAGCCUCCGCUCCCCGCCGUCCGCCAACACCCCCCUGCUCCUUCCGCAGCGCGAGGAGUUUCCCUCCUCUCCAGGGAGACCUUUGGCUUCCAACUUUUUGGGAAUUAGUCACCCCGUCCCUUUCGAAUAAACCUUGGAGUGAGGGCUGCGGCGAUGUGUGGGGUUCUGCUCGGACGCGGGCCGGCGGGUAAACGAGUCCCUC